AAUCUCGCACAUUCUCUCCUUCUCAGAGACGAACCCAGAGAGAACGAGAGAGAGCGAGAGAGAGGGGAUCGGGAGAUGGCGCAGGCUAUGGCUUCGAUGGCUGGCUUACGCGGCUCCUCGCAGGCAGUACUGCAGGGAAGUCUCCAGCUUAGUGGCUCGGGCCGGCUGGCCAUGCCGGGAAACAACCGGUUUUCAGCGGGCCGGCCCUGCCUUACGGUCAGGGCCCAGCAGGGCCUGGCCGAAGGCGAGGGCGUGGCUCAGAGCGGGCGCCGAGCCCUGCUGGGGCUCGCGGCGGCUGGGAUCGCCGGCGGGGCCUUCGCCAAGGCCGUGCUCGCCGAGGUCAAGCCCAUCAAGGUGGGCCCGCCUCCCCCACCCUCCGGUGGGCUCCCUGGGACCCUAAAUUCAGACCAACCAAGAGACCUGGACCUUCCAGUGAAGGAUAGAUUCUACCUGCAACCCCUUCCUCCAGCAGAAGCUGCAGCUAGGUUGAAAGAGUCAGCAAAGGACAUCAUGAACAUAAAGGAAUUAAUAGACAAGAAGCAAUGGCCUUAUGUUCAAAAUGACCUUCGUCUCAGGGCCUCUUACCUCCGAUAUGACCUCAAUACUGUUAUCUCUGCAAAGCCGAAAGAAGAGAAGAAACCCCUCAAGGAGCUUGCAGGGAAGCUCUUUGCCACAAUUGAUGAGCUUGAUCAUGCUGCAAAGAUCAAGAGCACAACGGACGCCGAGAAAUACUAUGCGGAGACCAGAUCUGCCCUUGCUGAUGUCCUUGCCAAAAUAGGCUAGAGGAAAGCUUAUUCCUGUCAAGUGUUGUCAACUUUGUCUUUAUUCUUUGUUAAUAUCAAACUAGUUCUGGAUAUGAUUUCUAGCAAGUGAGUAUCACAAAUGUUGUGUUGUCUA